UGGGAAGCCCCUUGGUCAUGGACCCCAACAGCAUAUGCAGGAAGGCGAAGCGCCUGGCAGGGAAGCAGGCCGAGYUGUGCCAGACUCAACCAGAAAUCRUCAGCGAGGUGGCCAAAGGAGCGAGGCUGGGCGUCAGAGAGUGCCAGUACCAGUUCAGGUACCGCAGGUGGAAUUGCACAAGCCACAACAAAUACUUUGGCAAAGUACUACAGCAAGAUAUCCGGGAGACAGCAUUUGUCUAUGCCAUCACAGCGGCAGGGGUGACACACGCCGUGACCCAAGCCUGCAGCAUGGGAGAACUCCUUCAAUGUGGAUGUGAAGCAACCAGAAACAAAGCUCCUCCAAGGCUGCCUUCAUCUUCCUCAUCUGGGGACGGGGUCAAAUGGGAGUGGGGCGGUUGCGGCGAUGAUGUCGAGUUUGGUUAUGAAAUGUCCAAAAAGUUUAUGGAUGCCAAGAGGAGGAGAGGGAAAAGUGAUAUCAGGACACUCAUUAACCUUCACAACAACGAGGCUGGGAGGCUGGCCGUGAAACUCCACAUGCGGACUGAAUGCAAGUGCCACGGACUGUCAGGCUCAUGCACCUUGCGCACGUGCUGGAAAAAGAUGCCUCAUUUCCGUGAAGUGGGCGACCGCCUGCUGGAGCGCUUCAACGGUGCUUCCAAGGUGAUGGGCGGCAACGAUGGGAAGACACUGAUACCCGUCGGCCAGAACAUAAAGCCGCCGGACAAGCAGGACCUGAUAUACUCUGACGAGUCUCCAGACUUUUGCCUUGCAAAUCGGAAAACGGGCUCGCUGGGAACAAGGGGGCGCAUGUGCAACAGCACGGCCAUGGACAUCAGCGGCUGUGACUUGCUGUGCUGCGAGCGAGGCUACAGGGAGGAGACGGUGGUGUUUGAGGAGAACUGCCUGUGCCGCUUCCACUGGUGCUGCGUUGUCCAGUGUAAAAAGUGCAUGGUGCGAAAAGAGCUUAGUCUGUGUCACUGAUGAACUGAGGUAAAGAGUAUUCGUAUACUUUAAUUAUAACCACUUCUGUUACUUUUAGGUUCUUGCUUUUGUAUUGUUGAUGUGAAAGAAGGAAAGGAUGCAGACUUCCAUGGUUAUCCAUUUUAUAUAUAUAUUUUUUUUUUACAGUCAAAUAACACACGCGACACCUUUGAUUUGACAUUUAAAACAUUGUUGUUGGAGUUCUAUGAGUUUUGAACAAAUUGAAAACUUUCCAAACUACCUACUAUCUGUUUUUGUGGGGGAGGGGGUUCCAAUUAUUUUUUGUCCGCGGACCAAAGAAUGUUCUCUUCCAUUAAAUAAAAAGUAGAAUACAUGGAGGAUCUAUUAUUGACUAGCUAGGCAUGUUUAAUGACUGGUUCACAUGGUGAGAUUUUCAAAUCUCAGAGACUCCUCUUAGGUAAUAACAGGUUUGGACCUACAUUGUGUAGCAUACUACAACACUGCAAACACGCCACACAGACUUCACUCACAAACAUUCAAAUGUCAGAUGGAAAAUCCCUCAAAACAUAAAACAUGGCUGACCGGGAAGAACCAAUGGCAGUAGUUUAUGGAUUACAUUUAGCAGA